AUGGCAAGAAGGCAAGGGUCGUACAAGGGGCAUAACUGGUCUGACGAAGAGCUCGAUUCGGUGUGCUAUCUUCGAUGCAUCCGUCAUUGGCGCUUCACACAAAUUCAAAAGGCGAAGUUUCCAUCACUUUCCCAACACGCAGUCGGCCGGGCCUAUAGGAGACUACCUCCAGAAGAGCGCACACGCCGAGCACUCGCUGCCGUACCUGCCCACACAAGGCCCCGCCAUAUCACAGAACGCAACGUUUCAAGUCAUCACAACUCAGCAAACAUCGAGAUUAGUGAUACACCAUUGGGCAAUGGUGACAACCAAAAUCGCUACAACCUCCGGCCAAACAGACCCUCAACCUUUGCAGAACGAAAGCCACGUUAUAUGGUGGAUCGCGACCGCUUUCCUCAUUUCUUUGAGUCCUAUCGCGAUUCCACCAAGCCGAACCAGCUACCAGACAGCGAAUACAUUCCGUCACAUACACCUACUCCAAGCUCGUCGGAGCACUCUCCUUCUAUCAUCUCUAGUCUACCUAGCGAGAUAUCGAGCUUAGAACUGUUCGGCCUCGAGGCACGGUCCCCCAAGCCAUCAGAUCAUACGCUUUCUGUUCUCUCAAUUUGCUCAAGUAAUUCAUCAAGCGCUGAAUUCUUCAGCACCGAAGAGCCCUGA